AGCUGGUGGGGUAAAGUGCUGUAAUGUUCCCCGCAGGUAGUGAGUGGCGAAUAGUGAGUGUGUAUGGUGCAUGCCAGAGCGGGUGAUGGUGCCAAUUGUUGUUCAGGAUUGUACAUCACGCUGACCACACUGAGUUAACUGAGUAAGGAAGUUGAAGAGGGGCGGAGGUGCUGCUCCUCACCCUACUACGUUUACCGGACUGAAACUCGAGUUUUAUUCAUGUAGCGGAGAUGAAUGAAUCCACGAGAAUCUGCCGGCAUACUUGCAGUUUAAGAGUGCUGCGAGGGAUGAUGACGUUGCGCGUGGCGUUGGUGCGGGGCUCCCUGAUACUCAACGCUGUGUUGGUGUUGUACCUCUGCCUCUCAUGGAUCUCCACUACGCCUAGCCAACAUUUGCCCUCCGCCAGGGACGUUAUCGACCUCUCCACACCUGCCGCUCUCCACUCACAACACAAUGGUAUCAGUGUCCUCGAGACCUUCAAACUUGGAAAACCUGAAGCAGAACCAGUAUUGCUGCCCUCACUUCCCCUGAACCUACCUCCCAGUAUCAUACAAGGAGAUGAGGGCAUGAAGGAUGUGUCUCUUGGUGGCAGGAGAACAUUAGGACAGCUUCCUGACCAAGCAGGAGCAGUGAACGGUGGUGGGAAUGGAGAACCAGUGGCAGCAGAGCAGGAGGAGCCACCGCGGGAGGUGCAGGAGAGUGUGGGGGUCACGGAGCAGCUGGUGGAGCCCUUGCCGAUGGACCCUCCAGACCCGCCGCUUGACUCCCUUGAGCGCAAAAUUUACCCAGACUUGAGGGAGUGCACCACGAGGCCACUGCGACCCUUUUACCAACAGCGGGGCGACUACUGGGUCCUGGAGAAUUACCUGCCGGCGGUGAUGUCGUUCCGGUGUGACGAGUCUAUCACAUACACUACCCAUGGCGACUACACCUUCCUCGACAAUCUGGAGCCUCUCACGUCCCGCUGGCAGGGCCCCGUGAGUGUGGCUGUGUACGCGCCUGGUGAUGACUUCAAUGCCACGGUCAACACCAUUCUGUACCUCCGUGACUGCUGGGCGGAGGGCAUCAAGAAGUAUGUCACCUUCCACCUCUUCUUCCACGUCAACCACACGCCUAAGAAGAUACCGUCAACGGAGGAGCUGCUCAAGAGGAAGACAGACUGUGGGCUGGAGCCUCCUCGCUGGGCUAACGUUACCACUUACAGACAGCAGAAAAAGCUCCUGUACCCCGUGAAUGUGGCGAGAAACACUGCUAGACAGGCAGUGCAGACCUACUUCGUGUUCCCAUCAGACGUGGAGCUGUACCCGUCCAUCAACUUCAUUCCCGAGUUCUUCCGCAUGUUGAAGCGUCCAGAUGUUUCCAAUACCACCAACCCUCGGGUGUUCGUUUUCUCUAUUUUCGAGGUGCAAGAAAAUGUUGCAGUGCCCGAGACUAAGGAGGAACUGCUCAAAAUGCUGGAGAAAAAGGAAGCGAUUCCAUUCCACAAAUUUGUCUGCCCUAAGUGUCAUAAUGUUCCCAUGUCCAAAGAAUGGCUCAAAGGCCCUGUCAAGCCUGGGCUGAGUAUCUUCCACGUGGGCAAGCGGCAGCCACCUUACCAUAAGUGGGAACCAAUAUACGUGGGCACCAACAAGGAACCCCUGUACGAUGAGCGGCUCUCCUGGGAAGGCAAGAGUGAUAAAAUGACGCAGAUGUACAUCCUGUGUGUUCGUGACUACGAGUUUCAUAUCCUGGACAACGCCUUCCUUGUGCACCGGCCUGGGAUCAAGAAGGUGCAUCGGGACCCCAUGCGCGACAAGGUGGUGGCCAAGCAGAACACAGCCAUCAGGAGCAAAAUUCUUCCAGAGUACAAGACAAUAUUUGGUGUUCGGAAGAGCUGUGUUAUAUGAUCCUCCGCCCCUUUCGGGUAUAGGCCUCAGAGAUCUAUUUAUGCAAUGAAUGAGUGAUUAUUUUUUUUUAUAUAGUAGUAUUAUAGAGCUCAACUGUGACAGGCAAAUGAGAGAAGGUGUUCCCUGACAUCUAUCAUUAUCAUCUUAUCGUCACUUAGUAGCAUAAGCUUAAAACGGUGAUCUGUUUUAUUAUUUUUCGGAUUCCCAGUAAUGAGUGUUGUAAGUUAAGAUUUCUACAGUGAGUGAUAUAUUUUUGUGCCUUUAGAUGUAAGCUGGCAACUCGUUGGAGGAAACCUAUAGGUAAUGCAAUGCUCCUUUCACGCUCAAGGACCAGAAAAAAUCGAGUUGAUCGAGGCGCCGGCGCCUGGUUAUCAAGACGACUUAGUGCAAGGACACAGCUUCCUUUAUUUUGUGUUUCUUCGCACAUGACAAAACUCCGGGAAAAAGCAAGCGCAUGUAGCCUUGUCAGUCUGCCUUAACGCCACAUACGUUGACUGCACUUAUUGCGUAGUGAGGAUCGGUAUGGAAACCACUGCUGUGCUCCUUACUGAUGGCCAACGAAAAAUGCAUAAAUCGUGUUAUAUGAAAGAAUAAGAUGGUGUGUCAGCAGACGACUCAUGUGUUCAGUAAUAUUGGACCGGGGAGUGUGUGUGUGCGUGUUUGUUUGUUUGCGUAUAGGAGUUAUAAAUGAUGUGUUAGAGAGAGAGAGAGAGAGAGAGAGAGAGAGAGAGAGAGAGAGAGAGAGAGAGAGAGAGAGAGAGAGAGAGAGAGAGAGAGAGCUCACUGUCAUAAUGUGUGAGAAGACUUGUGGUUGGAAGGCGAAGACAGCACGCCCUGCAUUCCUACCUAUGGUGCUGGUGCGACAUUCGUGCGGAAGUGCUAAGAAGAGAACCGUGGAAUCCUGAGGCCAACUUUGAAGGAUAAUAAAGGGUUUGUUACAUGAAAAAUCCUCGGUAAACAAACUUGACAGUCGCAGUGUAGCGGAGUGGCAGUGGCUGGCGCGGCAACAAUGUGUUAGCAAUUGUGUCAUUCAGGCUGUUAUGCUAAGUAAGAUUCCUGUACACCGAGUUAUCUAUACAGAUUAUCCUCAUACACUCUAAUUCAAUUUGUUCAACUAACGGGCAAGCGAAGUACUAGUUGCAAAUGUAUGUUGAUUUUACGCCUGGGCAAGGUCACUUAUGCAGACUGAGUUUCUGUACGUGCCUUUUUAAUAAGUAAUAUGAAUACAGCUCAAGGAGAAA